UGUCAAGAACAUGGCGGCUUCCAGGCAGGCAUGAGAGUGGAUACUUCUUAACAAAUUUGGGUGAUUCUGGGCAACCAUCUCAAAAAUAGACCAGCAAAACACUUCCCUGGAUACCGCGACACGAAUCUCUAAAAGGACAUGACGUCCCCCGGUGUGCCUGGAACCACCGGAGCUCCGCUGCAGCCGCGAUGGAAGCGGGUUCUGGGUUGGUCUGGUCCGGUACCUCGACCCAGACACGGGCACCGAGCCGUAGCCAUCAAGGAACUGAUGGUCGUUUUCGGCGGAGGAAACGAAGGAAUCGUUGACGAGCUGCACGUUUAUAACACUGCAACAAAUCAGUGGUUCAUACCAGCUGUUCGUGGGGACAUCCCUCCAGGCUGUGCAGCUUAUGGUUUUGUAUGUGAUGGCACACGUCUGUUAGUCUUUGGUGGAAUGGUCGAAUAUGGAAAAUACAGCAAUGACCUUUAUGAGUUACAGGCAAGCAGGUGGGAAUGGAAAAAAUUAAAGCCAAAAGCCCCUAAAAAUGGAGUGCCACCAUGUCCUCGUCUGGGCCACAGUUUUUCACUUGUGGGCAACAAGUGUUAUCUUUUUGGAGGACUUGCCAAUGACAGCGAAGACCCCAAGAACAACAUUCCCAGAUAUUUGAAUGAUCUUUAUACCCUUGAGCUGCGUCCGGGGUCCAGCGUUGCAGGGUGGGAUGUACCGGUCACAUAUGGAGUAUUGCCACCUCCAAGAGAGAGCCACACUGCUGUAAUCUAUACCGAAAAAGUUACUAAGAAGUCCCGUCUUGUUAUAUACGGAGGAAUGAGUGGCUGUCGUUUGGGUGAUCUUUGGACAUUAGAUAUUGAUACACUGACCUGGAACAAGCCUGCAAUAAGCGGCGCUGCUCCCCUCCCCCGAAGCCUCCACUCGGCCACCACUAUUACAAACAAAAUGUAUGUUUUCGGUGGCUGGGUUCCUUUGGUGAUGGAUGACGUGAAGGUGGCCACACAUGAAAAGGAGUGGAAGUGUACAAACACACUGGCCUGCCUGAACCUGGACACUUUAGCAUGGGAGACUGUUUUGAUGGACACUUUGGAGGACAACAUCCCACGUGCUCGAGCAGGACAUUGCGCUGUCGCUAUUAACAACAGACUUUAUAUCUGGAGUGGACGCGAUGGGUAUCGCAAAGCUUGGAACAAUCAAGUGUGCUGCAAAGACCUAUGGUACCUUGAGACAGAACGACCUAACCCACCUUCAAGGGUGCAGCUUGUCCGAGCCAACACAAAUUCUUUGGAGGUUAGCUGGGGAGCGGUUUCUACAGCAGACACGUACCUGCUUCAGCUUCAGAAAUAUGAUAUCCCAUCAGCCACUGCUGCCACAUCACCAGCUCUCAAUGCAGCUCCCUCCCUCCCUGGAAACUCUCCUAAGAGUCCAGCGCCGGCUGCAGCUGCUCCAUCUGCUCAGAGUCUGCCGCAUAGUGGCAUCACUCAAGUACCCCAGGCUGCUUCUCCCACAGCCUCGAUUUUACCUGGCACACCUGCAAGUCCUCUGGCUGCAUCAAUGGCACGUGGCCCAGCUAUUCUAAAAGUUGCAGCCCCUCAGUCAGGAACAGGGACAUCGAUUGUCACCGUACGCCAAGCGUCCCAGGUCGGAAAAUCCCCAGUCACUGUGGCAUCACUUCCUGCAGGUGUUCGCAUGGUAGUGCCAUCACAGACCGCUCAAGGAACGCCCAUCGGCAGCAGCCCUCAGAUGAGUGGAAUGGCAGCUCUUGCUGCAGCUGCGGCAGCUACACAGAAAAUCCCUCCAUCCCCUGGAGCCACUGUUCUCAACAUGCCAGCAGGGGCCACAAUUGUCAAAACGGUAGCUGUGACUCCAGGGGCCUCCACACUCCCCACCACAGUUAAAGUGGCAUCACCUCUCAUGGUAAGCAACCCUGCCACUCGCAUGUUGAAGACCGCUGCUGCCCAGGUGGGCACCCCGACAGUGUCCAGUCCCACUACAGGUGCUCGGCCCAUCAUCACGGUGCACAAAUCGGGCACAGUUACCGUAGCCCAACAGGCUCAGGUUGUGACCACUGUUGUUGGUGGAGUCACAAAGACCAUCACUCUUGUUAAGAGCCCACUUUCUAUGGGAGGCAACUUGAUAUCCAACUUGGGCAAGGUAGUAUCAGUGGUACAAAACAAACCAGUGCAGUCAGCCACCGUGACUGGACAGGCCUCUAACCCACUCGCACAGAUUUUACAGACAAAGGGUCCCCUUCCACCAGGCACCAUUCUAAAGCUGGUAACAUCUGCAGAUGGAAAACCAACCACCAUAAUUACUACCAGUCAAGCAGGUGGCACAGGCAACAAGCCCACUAUCUUGGGCAUCAGUGGCAUGUCCCCCACUUCCACCAGCAAACCAGGCACCACCACUAUCAUUAAAACAAUCCCCAUGUCUGCUGUUCAGCAAGGAGCUGCAGGUGUAACAAGUACUACAGGAGUAAAAAGCCCCAUUACCAUCAUCACCACAAAGGUCAUGACCUCUGGAACUCCUGGUAAAAUCAUCACAGCAAUGCCUAAGAUUGGUACUGCGGCAGGCCAACAGGGUCUAACACAGGUUGUCCUAAAAGGAGCUCCUGGUCAACCGGGCACUAUUCUCCGCACUGUGCCGAUGGGAGGAGUACGCCUUGUGUCUCCAGUAUCUGGGGUCAAGCCAACUGUAACCACCCUGGUUGUCAAAGGAACAACUGGAGUAACAACUCUUGGCACAGUCACAGGAACAGUUUCAUCAAGCUUAGCUGGAGGAAGCCUAGCCAGUGCCAAUGCCACCCUGGCAACCCCCAUCACCACUCUGGGCACAAUCGCCACCCUCGCCAGCCAGGUCAUUAAUGCCACCAAUGUGACGGCUGCUCAGAGCAACCUGACCACUGUCACCUCCACCAUGCAGCCCACUCAGGUGACCCUCAUAACUACGCCUAGUGGAGUGGAGGCUCAGCCUGGCCAAGAUCUGCCUGUUUCAUUUCUAGCAUCUCCCACCUCCGAGCAGCCCACUUCUACUGAUUCUGGCACAGGAGACGCUUCUGGCAGCGUUACUCUCGUAUGCUCUAACCCACCCUGCGAGACGCAUGAGACGGGCACUACUAACACGGCCACCACAGCGACCUCAAACAUGGGCGCUGGGCCAGCUGGCACAGUACAGAGAGUCUGCUCAAACCCGCCAUGCGAAACACAUGAAACGGGUACAACAAACACUGCCACCACAGCAUCUGCCAACAUGGGCGCUGUUCAAAGGGUUUGCUCGAACCCACCAUGUGAAACCCACGAAACGGGCACCACCAGCACGACAACCACUGCAUCUUCAAAUAUGGGCACUGCCCCUACUGAGACAGUGCAGAGGAUUUGCUCAAACCCACCCUGUGAAACACACGAGACGGGCACCACAAACACAGCAACCACAGCUUCAUCAAACAUGGGUGGAAACCAGCCUGGAGCAGUGCAAAGGGUCUGUUCAAACCCACCUUGUGAGACCCACGAGACAGGCACCACCAACACAGCAACCACGGCUUCAUCAAGUAUGGGUGGAGGGCAAGAGGGAACAGUGCAGAGGGUUUGCUCAAACCCACCCUGCGAGACCCAUGAGACGGGCACCACCAACACAGCAACCACAUCCUCAUCUAACAUGGGUGGAGAUCAAGCUGGAGCAGUGCAAAGGGUCUGCUCAAACCCACCCUGUGAGACUCACGAGACGGGCACCACCAACACGGCCACCACCGCCACCUGCAAUAUGGAGACCGAUGAAGGAACAGCCCAACAGAGCAGUGAAGCAUCAGAAUCGAGCACAAGCACAGAGAGCCUGCCGUCGACUGCAGCGGCCCAAAGCAGAGCCAUUACCACAGUCACACAAGCCACACCGCUGCCAGGACCUGCUGUUCCAUCUAUUUCUUCAAUCACGGAGUCGUCCUCAGAGGCAGGAGCUGAGCCGGUGGUGAUGGAGAGUUCAGAGGCAGAGUCUUUACAGACCGAAGGCCAGGCUGAAGCAGAGGCCGUCGCCAUGCAGGCAGAGUUUCAGACAGAGGCAGGAGCUGUCGCUUUACCCACUGACUUCCAGGAGGACGCAGCCGCCUUGCCAGCUGAUUUCCAGGGAGAAGCGGUGGCAGUGGCCAUGCAGGCGGAGAGCCAGGCGGAUCCAGUGCCCAUGGAGCAGGAUGUUUCUGGCAUGGCAGAGGGAGAAGCCGCUCAAGAACAGCUUCCAACUUCAGAGAUGGAAGAUGUAGAUGCAGCGUCAGCAUCACAGGCUGCAGUGCUGGCUUUGCCACCAGAGCUGAUGUCGGAUGGUCAGUCCACAACGCUGAUGGUGACUGGUCUGACUCCAGAAGAGCUGGCUGUCACUGCAGCUGCAGAGGCAGCGGCACAAGCAGCAGCCACAGAGGAGGCUCAGGCCCUCGCCAUCCAGGCCGUACUACAAGCAGCACAGCAGGCCGUCAUGAGUGAUUCGGGAGGAGGCGACCAGCAGACCCACACCAUACCCAUCGUUCUGACCCAGCAGGAGCUCGCAGCUUUGGUUCAGCAGCAGCAGCAGCUCCAGGCAGCACAACAGCAGGCUGCAGCUCAGGCUGCGCUGCCCACAGAGGGCCUGGCACCAGCCGACAGCCUCAAUGAUCCCUUAUCUGAAAGCAACGGGCACAACGAGAUGGCAGCCGCUGCCACAAGUGCAGUAGUCACGCUGCUGCCUCGCACCACUGCAGAAACCUUGGCUCCAUCCAGCACAUUAGCACCUAUAGUAGUAGCCAGUCCAGCAAAGAUGCAGGCAGCGGCUGCUCUCACUGAAGUGGCCAAUGGCAUUGAGGCUGGGAAACAAAAUCCUCCCACUGUUACUGUCAAGCCUCAAGUGAAGAAAGAGAACCAGUGGUUUGAUGUUGGCAUUGUUAAAGUGACCAAUAUGGUGGUAACUCAUUUCUACAUGCCCACAGACGACUCUGCUUAUGUUGAGAAUGAUUCUGGCACAGCCCCAGACUACAGCCAGAUGAAGAGGGUGGAGCUUCAGCCUGGCACCGCCUACAAGUUCCGUGUGGCGGGUAUAAAUACAUGUGGCCGAGGAACCUUUUCUGAAAUAUCUGCAUUUAAGACGUGUUUACCAGGCUUCCCAGGUGCACCGUGUGCCAUAAAGAUCAGCAAGAGUCCAGAUGGUGCUCAUCUGACAUGGGAGCCUCCGUCUGUAACAUCAGGAAAGAUCACAGAGUACUCUGUGUAUUUGGCCAUCCAGAGCAGUCAGACCACCGAAGCCAAGCCCUCAGCUCCAGCUCAGCUGGCCUUCAUGCGGGUUUACUGUGGACCAAACCCCUCGUGCCUGGUCCAGUCCUCCAGCCUGUCCAACGCUCACAUUGACUACACCACCAAACCCGCCAUUAUCUUCCGCAUCGCCGCUCGCAACGAAAAGGGCUACGGCCCCGCCACACAAGUGCGAUGGCUGCAAGAGUCUAGCAAAGAUGGCCUCUCUGCAAAGCCUGCCCCGAAAAGAGCAGUUUCAUCACCAGAUACGAAAGGGAUUGGUCAGAAGAAAGCAAGAAUGGACCAGUAACCUGUUCUCUGCAUUUAUCCUCCAAAACCAUCCAGACUUUCACUACUCCUACUGCUCCAUCCGGAUUUAACCCAACUCUGACUGUAACCCUCCAUCAAAACAGCACAAAAAAGAGGAAAUCCAGUUUCUAGCUUUUUGUUAAUAGUAUGAAUGGAGAAAAGCACAUUGCGAGUAUUUUUCAACAUACUUGGAGUGGGAGGGGAAAACAAAAACAAGCUUUUUCCAUUGUAGUGUCUUCCUUUCUGCUCUCCCCACAUUUCUUUCAUGUAUUUUUGCUUCAGUAAUUCAAAAGCAGUUUUAAGAUAUUUGUAACGUUUGUUCUGUCAGCUGGGUUCUAUGAAGUUUUGUUUUUUGCAAUGGACUUCUGGGUGAAGUUUGAGUUCAUGUUUAAUAUGUGGACAAUGUGAGAUGAGUGAUAAUGGGAGACAGAAAACAAACAAACAUACAGAAAUGGGGAAAACAAACCAAGCACUUGUCCUCCGACAUGAGGGGAUAUUUUUCAGCUCUGCGUGAGGAUUGGUUCUGGACUCUGUGCACUUUGGCAUUGAGCAGAAAUAAAAGCAGAACUGCGGAUUAAGAAACGGCCAUGGAAGAAAGUACAUUACCAGCAGAGACUUUGCUAGAACUGAGAUUUGCCAUACAAACAAACAAAAAAAAGUAAACAAAAACAACCAAAAAAAAGAGAAAAAAUGCAAAACUUUCCAAAAAAUUAGCGAGCGACGACGGAGAACUUUUGUGUAGUUUAUUUUUGUAUUUUAAAGCUUUUCUCCUGUGUGUAUGUCUGUGUGCUUUUUUUUUUAACUCACUACUUUUAUUUUAAGUUUUUUGUUUUAAUAAUUCUUGGCCAUUCCCAUUGGUUUAAGGAUUUGUGGUAAGAAGGGCUUUUGAAGACGAGGAAAUGCGUUGUGUUUGUGCUCAAGCCGAGUGUUGAUGUAAACAAGUAGUAACAUCUGAAGGGCUUUUACUUUGUUUACGGUGUGUGUCCACUUUGUGUUUGUGUAUGCCAAACCUCGAGAUGUAAAAAUCGUAAUUUUAUUAUUAUUUUUACUUGAUUCUUCACCUUACCAAUUCGUCACUUAUAAUUAGUAAACACUUUUUCCCCUUCCUCUGCCUCGUCCUCUUAACUUUUUCACAAGAUAACUUUGUAGAAAUUUUCUCUGGCCUAGUUUGUGAAGGAAGUUGUCCAUGUGAAGAUGAAUUUCUACUUCCUUUUUUUUUUUUUUGAUUAUCUGAAAGGUAUGCAGAGUAAAUGUUCAGUGUAUACCUGUGUGUCUCCAUGUGGCGAGAAUGGCUUGUCAUUCUUGAUGAUUCGAGCCAAGUUCGGAUUCGAUUGUAAUAUAGUUCAUUCAUACUGCAGGAAUUGAAGAUGAUACCCUGGCCUUUUAUAUAUUUACCUGUACAACGUUUUUACAUGUUGGUCAUCUCCUGAUUGCCUUUUUUUGUCUUGACUUAUAAAAGAAACAGAAAUAUCUAA